AUGGAGGACCCGGGCCUAUUGAGUGCAUUUGUAGACAACCUCGUCUCGAGAUUGUUCUCGCUGGCGGAGGAGAAAUACAAGCUGUACAAGGGCUUUGAAGGAGAUCUGGCUUUUCUGAAGAGUGAGCUUAAAAUGAUCACUAGUGCCAUUGAUGGGCAGCUCUUGGGGCAGGAUGAUCACAUACUGCGUUUGUCCGUUGAAGAGUUGCGCCAAGUAGCUCAUGAAAUGGAGGACUGUAUAGACCACAUCGUGUAUGAUGCAUCUUGGGAACAGCAACAACCAUGGUACUGCAAAAUGGUCAAAACUGGGAAGAAGAGAAAAUCACGCUUACAGUUAAGCGAAGAGAUGCAGCAACUAAGGUGCAGAUUGGAGGAAGCACUCCAACGGCAACAGAGCCGGCAGAAUCAGCAUAUCCUUCCGGCUGAUUUGGUUGGCAUCAAGCCACCCCUUGAGGAACUUCUGGAGCAGUUGUCAGAAUUUGAAGGUCAACCCAAGCAGUUGAAAGCGAUCUCAAUAGUUGGCUUCUGUGGAUUGGGGAAGACCAUCCUUGCCCGGGAGUUGUACAACAGCGUGAUCGGCAAGCAAUUCGGUGAAAGGGCAUGGGUUUCUGCAGUGCAUGGGGAUCCGAGCAAGCUCUUAAUAGAGAUACUCAAGGAACUGCAUAAACCACCACCCGAUACCUCCGAUGUCUACCAGCUUAGUACUGAUCUAAGGAACUUCCUAAAUAACAAGAGGUAA